AUGACUGAACUAUUGCUUGAUCCUGAUAUAUUUUCAAAAGUACGUGAAGAAGUCUUCACAACAAUAGGAAAAUAUGGGAAAAUUCAGGAAGCUAAAAUCAUCAACUUGCCUUAUUUGCAUGCUGUUAUCAAAGAGACGAUGCGACUCCAUUUAUCUGUACCUUUAUUAGUGCCUCACAAAACUGAAACUGAAGUUAAACUCGGUAAAUAUGUUGUGCCAAAAGAUACAAAAAUUAUUAUCAAUGCAUGGUCCAUGGCACGAGACCCAAGAUAUUGGGACAACCAAUUGACAUUCAAGCCUGAAAGGUUCUUGGGAAAUGAGAUCGACUACAAGGGAAAACAUUUUGAGUUUAUACCAUUUGGAUCGGGCCGAAGGAUGUGUCCUGGAGCUCCCUUAGCUCAUAGGGUUGUGGGUUUAAUGGUGGCAUCGUUUGUGUAUCAUUUUGAAUGGAAGCUUCCUCAUCCUAGAGAAGAAAUUGACCUGAACGAUAUUUUUGGCCUCACGUUGCUUAGGGCAACACCUCUCCUUGCCACUCCUGUGCCCUUUAAAUAA